UGUUCACACAAGUCUAGACUACAAAGAAACAGAGGACUCGUGCUAUAUCAUUGACAAUAACAUCCAAACCAAGCAAAGCAGAGGAGUUAUUAUAUACUCCUCAAAUCACAUUACAAAAAAACAAAAAGAAAAAGAAAUUUCAACCCAAAACUCCCUUCCAAAUUCAAUGGAUUCCUCUGUAUUCCACUCUCAAAAUUCCAAUUUCCAGUCCCCAAACUCCGAUUUCUCACCGGAUUCCUCGUUUGGAUCACCGGAAUCUUUUUGGUGGAAUGGGCUAAACUUGAAUUGUCACCUUCCUUUCAAUGAAAAUGACUCCGAGGAGAUGCUUCUCUACGAUGUCCUAUCAGAAGCUGCCCAAGAAACAUCAGAAACCGUGUCCUCGGAUCCAAUCAAAGAAGGCGAAGUAAGUUCAAAACCCGAGGAAAAGCCCAAAAUGGAAAAGUCCUUUAGAGGGGUGAGAAGUCGACCGUGGGGGAAAUUUGCUGCCGAAAUAAGGGAUUCCACAAGGAAUGGCAUGCGGGUGUGGUUGGGCACAUUCGAUAGCGCAGAAGCCGCUGCUUUGGCUUAUGAUCAAGCAGCUUUUGCAAUGCGUGGCUCUUCAGCUAUUCUCAAUUUUUCUAUUGAAAAGGUACGCCAAUCACUUAUUGAAAUGAAGUAUAGAUCUGAGGAGGGUUGUUCACCUGUGGCGACUUUAAAGAGAAGGCAUUCCAUGAGAAGGAGAAGCAAAGGGAGAGAGACCAAGAGAGGGAAUAUGGUGGAGUUGGAAGAUUUAGGUGCUGAGUAUUUGGAACAACUUUUGAAUUCAAGUCAGAGUACUAGUCCUUGCUGAAUCAAGAUUACUCUUCUUCUUCUCCUUCUUCUUUUAUAAUUAUUUUAUGCUUUGUUGUCCUUGGUUUGAUUUGAUUUGAUCCUUAUAACUAGUUAAAAAACCCAAUUUUAAUUUAUUUUGUGUAUUAAAUUUUCUUUUUGUCUUGGCAA